AUGUUUAGGAAUGUUUUGAGCAGGGCGGUGACGGAAACGGUUAGGUUUCACCGUAAUGUGAAAAACGCACCGUUAGUACCGACAUUAACGUCUGCCCGCGUGGCGGUGAGGAGUUUUACCGACGUGAAGGACGAAGUGCAGCCGCCUUUUGACUCCUCCCUGCUGCAGUUCCUCGUAUGUCCGUUGUCCAAGAAACCUCUGAGUUACAGCGCUGAGACCAAUGAGCUGAUCAACAAGGAGCUCGGCAUCGCUUAUCCCAUCGUUGACGGCAUUCCCAACAUGAUCCCUCAGGAUGCCAGACUCAUACAGAAGGAGGCCCCAGACGCACCCGCGCAGAUGUUCUCCCUGUCAGUGAUGGUGGGACUGGUCCCCAUAGUGUCUCUCUUUGGUUUGUUCUACUCGGCGGCCGUGGAUGAGAACUUCCCCCAGGGCUGCACCAGCAGCAGCAGCCUGUGUUUCUACAGCCUGCUGCUGCCCGUCACCAUCCCCGUCUACGUCUUCUUCCACCUCUGGAGCUGGAUGGGGAUCAAACUCUUCAGACACAACUAG